AUGUCGAAAUUUGCAAGUUUACAAGGUCUGCGAGCAAUUUCAAUAACUUUGGUGCUAAUUUUUCAUCUGUUUCCAAAAGUUUUUGUGAAUGGUUUUGUUGGAGUUGACAUGUGAGUUUUCUAUAGAUCAGUUCAACCUAAACUUCUUUUGUUCCAGGUUCUUUGUUCUCUCUGGCUACCUUAUGACAAAAAUCCUAACCUCCACCACACCUUCCGAUUUCUGCACCACCAAAAACUUCACCGCUAAGUUCAUUGCGUGUCAAAUUUUCUACACAAAACGCGUGAAACGUAUUCUACCCUUGUAUUUUCUGACGAUUUUCGCAACAAUUUUGUGCGUUUUUUUCUUAGUCUUCAAAAAUAAUCGAACCGAAUUCAUUGAGGAUGUGAAAUGGGCGGUUCUGAUGAUUUAUAAUUAUAAAAUUAUUUUUGAACAUGUUUCGUAUUGGGAUACGGUAGGUGACAAGAAGUCUUGAUGGAUUUUUUUUUCAAAGCUGACAUUCCCCUCAGAUUUCUACAAUCCGCUACCUAACUCAUCUUUGGUCCAUCUGCGUUGAACUUCAGUAUUAUCUUCUGGCCCCUUUGAUCUUCUGGAUCUCCACUAGAAUCAACAAAAAACCCACCAUCAAAAUCCCUGCAUACAUUCUAGCCGUCACAAUCUCAUAUCUUUUCCAAACCCUUACCCCAUUCGAAUUAUCCUACAGCUGCCUGGCUUCAAGAAUCUGGCAAUUUCUCAUCGGCCACGUGGCAUUCGAAGUUCCACGUAGAACAUCAUUGAAACGUGGAUCCGGUUCUGUAGAUGAACAUUCGGUGAAUUUCAUAUUUCCAAUCAUUUUCAUCGGAAUUUUGACAAUAAUCUUCAUUUUGCCACGUGGCAUUGUUCGCGGGGAAGAGCAAAUUGUUCGAAGUGCGAUGAGCAUUCUGGCUGGCAUAUUCUGUCAUUUUUGUGGAGAUCUUGAGAAAUCAAUAUUCACUGCACGGCCUUUGGUGAUUCUGGGUGAUUUAUCGUAUGUGGUGUAUUUGGUGCAUUGGCCGGUGAUUAAUUUGGUGAGAUAUGUGCAGUUGAAGGAUCAGGGAGAUCUGAAUUUUGGGGGUGAGUUGAUGGAAAAUUUGCCACGUCAUAACUCAGUUCAAUUCCAGAAGCCUUGAUUGCUAUUGCCAUUACAUUCACAAUCUCCUUCAUCAUUCAUAGAUUCGUUGAACCCAAAUUCAUUGAAUCCGAUUUCAUUAUCUCUAUGACAACCAUAGUCAUCUUCGCAAGUUGCUCAAUCUAUGCCACGUCAUAUCUUCAAACCACGGAGAACUUCUUCCUCUCAAUGCAGUCUAGAAAUCUUCAGGAGAGCAUCAAGUGGAACUCCGAGAUGAGUAGAUUGAUGAGACCGAUUGAUGAUCUACCAUGUGUUGAUGUUUGGAACCCGAAGGCUCCGAAAGUUGCGGAAGAACCGUGCUGGAUUGUUAGUCAUCUCAUAGAAACUUUCCCGUAAAACUGUUUUUUUCAGAAAUCCAAUGGCACUGGAAAAAUUCUAGUGAUUGGAAAUAGUUUGGCGAUUCGAGCGUUUCCGGCGAUUUUUGAAUUUCUGGAUGAGAAUUUUGCGGAACUUCGAUUGUUUGCGAGAACAAGUUCAGCACCAUUGACGAACUCCAAUUCGAUGUACACGAAUGCUUCAAUUCAGGUUGCGAAAUUCAUGAAACCGGAUUUAUUGUGGAUUGUGCAAGGUGUAAAGUGAGUUAGAGCGGUUGUGAGAACUUUUUCCAAAAAAAAUAAAAUUCCAGCGAGAUCGCCUAUCCUCAUCCUCUCUGGCAAGAUCGCCUAGAAGAUUCCACACUCGACAAAGAAUCUCAGAGAAUCCUAGACGAACUCAAAGUCCACGCGAAACUCGUCGUCAUAGAUCUUCCAUAUUUUGUAUCCUCCGAACCGGUGGCAAGUAAUCUGGCUCGAAAAUUAUUGUAUGGGAAAGAAAUCGUGAAAUCGAGCAUCGUUGGCAAAGAUGUGAUUUUUGCCCAACUUCACAAACAAACUCGACGAUUAUUGAAUCUCAAUUGCUCGAAUUGUUAUUUCAAUCAAAUUCAGGAGUCAUUAAUGCAAGAUGGUUCCAAGGAUUUUCUGAAAUACGACAAGGAAACGAUGGGAGCCUUGAAUUAUGAUGGAGGACAUUUGUCGAAAAUUGCGUUUAGGAAAUAUUUACGGGAUGUUUAUAUGGGACAAAUUCAACGGUUUCGUUCAAUUUUCUAG